AUGGUUAAUUUGAAAUACAUACAGAAAGUGAAGAUUGCUGGAGCACGGUAUCUGUUCACGCCCCGUGGUGGCAAGCUCUUGCUCUACGGCGGGAACACAUACUUCGUCAACUCCAGGAAGAAGCAGCAAAGAGCCAGGGUUCUCUGGUACUGUUCGUCGCGUAAAUCUCGGAAUUGCCCAGCGUCCAUACUCACCAUUUGUGACAGGAUACUGGGACAGCCACCGGUUCACACACACCCGCCUAAGAUAUCCAGAUACGAAAUGUUGACUUGCGAACCACAGCUUUCCGCGUACAUGACGCGGCCCAAAGUCGAGUACAUUCAAAGCAAACGCGGAGAGUACAUUACGGGCGAUGAUGUAGUCCUAAAAAUACCGACCCGUAAAAAGUACCUCUUAAUGAUAAACGGUUACACGUACUAUCAAAUUAACUACUCAGGCCACUGGGUCUGCUCGAAGAAGGCUCGGACAGGUUGCAAGGCGCGUUUCCAUCAGAGGGUCGAUGGCCAGAUAGUCCACGCGGUAGCGAGUCACACCCAUCGACCGACACCUGUAAAUUUAAAGAAAGAAAGCAUGUUAUAUCAUCCCAAUAUACAAUUCAUCCCGACCGAAAAGGGGAAAUAUAUCCUCGUUUUAAGGGGUUUCACGUAUUCACAAGUUGGUGGUCGAUUCUUCUAUUGUUCGUCGAAGCACAUGGGCUGUAGAGCUAGAGUUAGACUCAUAUCUGGGAAGUUAGUGGCGUCUUCAGAUGCGCAUAACCACGCGCCACCGUCGCACGCGCGCUGCGGCAACGGGGCAUUUGUUCAGCUCCGACCCAGGUCUCAUGUCGCCCUGCCCGUCCCAGCUGUCGCAGCUGCCGUUCUCCCCUCACCCCUAACGUCCCCGAGGGCGGCGUCCCUAGCUCUGCACGCCAUGAACUACCCAAGGAUAUCACCCAAAAUCGAUCUCUGGAAUCGAGCACCCUCGGAAGACAAAAAGGAUUAG